AUGUCAAUGAGCAACUGUUUGAGACAAGAGUAUGAGUUAAGGCAAGGAUUAUCAGAAGUGGUUUCUGAAGGUAUCUGUGAGGAGACUUCGCCUGGAGGGAUGAGGCCAGAAGUACGUCAAGUUCGUGGUGAGGGCUAUAGAUCUGUGGUCGAGUAUGAUGCUGAUUUUUUAAGGUUGAGCCACUACACUCGAGGUAUGGUGGCGACAGAGCAUGGGAGGUGCAUCCACUUUGAGGAUGGUUUGAGGGAUAACCUGAGAGUUCUGAGUACUCUACAGAGGGAGCAAAAGUUCACGGAUUUGGUUGAGAAUGUGAAGAUUACCGAGGAUGUUAAGCAUGUGGGGUGCCAAAAUAGGGAUCGAGAGAGGGGUAAGAAUAAGAGGGAUUUAAAGCCUUCAAGUUCAGUACAGAGGCCUAAGAAAAAGGCUAAGUCUGAAGGACUAGUUAGAGUAGGGGCCCCUGUUGCUCUUAUUGGGUUGCAGUCGUGCAGUGAUUGUGGUUCUACGAAGCCUCAGAGGGUUGUUCAGCAGCCACCUAGGGGCUGUGGACAAGCUAGAGGUGGUAAUGGUAUGGGCCAUAGGCAGAGAGCAUCGGGUAGAAGUGUUGGUCAGAUUGAGGCGAGGCAGCCUGCACUAGUUUAUGCUGUACGAUGUCGAGAGGAUAGGGAUGCUCAUGAUGUCAUCACGGGUACGUUCCUUAUAUUUGAUGUACCUUAUACUGCUCUGAUAGACAUAGGUUUCAUACACUCCUACGUAGCUAGUACUAUAUCUGAAACUUUGAGGAUUUCUGUUGAGAGCACCUCUAGUAAGGCUACUGUACUGAGCCCGUUGGGGCAGUCUGUUCGGGUUAGUAAACUUUAUAGGGAUAUUCCUCUAAUGGCGUAA